CUGGCUAGCAUAGUUAGCCCGCUAGCUAACUUCUACAAUCAAGCGGCUCUACCGUCUGGCAGCUGGAGCAGGCACAAGGGCGGCUGCCUCUCGACGACAGUGGGGGCUCUCCCAUGAUCCCCCCUCCAUCCGAUGAACCCCCUCAACUCCAUGAAACCCUCCCUUCCUCCCACUCCACAAAGCAGUGACGGCCCCUUCCUAAAUGACCCAGUCUCCUGGCAACCAGGCACCAAUCAGCACGCAGGAUCUCUCUCUGUAGUAACCACAGUGUGGGGCGUGACCAAUCCCACACACAGCCAGGUGUUCGGUGCACCCAUGGGUCCCGGUGAGAGCUCUGGAGGUCAUAUGAUGCCUGGGGGCAGCCCUGGGAUGGGCCCCGGUAUGGGCUCUCAGUUCAUGGGGCAGCAGUCGUACGGAGACGCCGUUUCUAAGGGAUACGGACAGCCGGUGAUGUACGGACGUCCCGGCGCCGGUUACAACCCUGCCUCAGCGUACGGGGGAAGUUACUCCGGUAACAGCGGAGGUGCCGGUCUGGGCGUCCGUCCUCCCUCAGACUUCACGCAGGCGGCUGCCGCUGCUGUUGCCGCCGCCGCUGCUACUGCAACCGCCACCGCAACGGCAACGGUUGCGGCAAUACAGGAGAAGCAGAACCAGGAGCUGAGCUACGGACAGAUGGGUGGUGCGUCCUCUUACAGCACCCAGUUCCUGUCACACUCUGGGCCCCGCGGCCCCCCAGGGAUGGUCUCCUCCAGGCCGGGACCUCCGCCCUCCAGCGGGGGGAUGUAUCCCUCCCAUCCCGCCCAGAGUCAGAAGAUGCCCCAGCACGGAGGAUAUCCAGGAGGGCAGCAGGGACUCAAACGGCCGUUUCACUCCGAGGGUUUUCCGGUGCAGCAGUACGGCUCUGGAGGGAUGUCAGGGUACCCCAACCAGCCCCUCCAGUACCCUUCAGGCCCUCAGCAGCGCUGCGCCCCCUCACCCUCUUACCCCUCCAGCAGGAUGCCUCUGAUGGGACAGUACGGCUCUGGAUCACACAACCCGGGACAGUUCCCUCCUGGAGCCGGACAGCCCAACCCUCCACAGUACUACAAGUCGGAGCCGUUUAACGGUCAGGGCAGUCUGCCGUCUGCAGGAGCCGGAGGAUACAAUGCCUUCACUCAGGCUGCAGUCAGCGGGCCAGGUCGGGGGGGAGUCAUGCCCGGGUAUCCGAGUUCACCCAUGGGAGGGAACCCCACACCUCCGAUGACACCCGGCACCUCCAUACCGCCCUACCUGUCCCCGGGUCAGGACACCAAACCCCCCUACCUACCACCGGACACCAAACCCAACAUCAUCGCCCAGCAGCCCCCUACAGGUAACCCCAGUGAUGACCUGCGCCUGACGUUCCCGGUCAGAGACGGCGUGGUGUUGGAGCCGUUCAGACUGGAGCACAACCUCGCCGUCAGUAACCACGCCUUCCAGCUGAGAGACUCCGUCUACAAAACUCUCAUGUUGAGGCCGGAUCUGGAGCUGCAGUUUAAGUGUUACCACCAUGAGGACCGGCAGAUGAACACCAACUGGCCCGCCUCGGUGCAGGUCAGCGUGAAUGCGACUCCUCUGUGCAUCGAAAGAGGUGACAACAAGACUUCCCAUAAGCCCCUCUACCUGAAGCAGGUGUGUCAGCCGGGACGUAACACGGUGCAGAUCACCGUCACCGCCUGCUGCUGUUCCCACCUGUUUGUGUUACAGUUGGUCCACCGGCCGUCUGUCCGCUCGGUGCUGCAGGGUCUGAUGAAGAAGAGACUCCUGCCGGCCGAGCACUGCAUCACAAAGAUCAAGAGAAAUUUCAGUAGCGGCACAAUCCCCGGGACCCCUGGGCUGAACGGCGAGGAUGGUGUGGAGCAGACAGCGAUCAAAGUUUCUCUUAAAUGUCCGAUAACGUUCAGACGAAUCCAGCUGCCAGCCAGAGGGCACGACUGCAGACACAUACAGUGUUUCGACCUGGAGUCGUAUCUGCAGCUGAACUGUGAAAGAGGGACAUGGAGGUGUCCUGUGUGCAAUAAAACGGCUCUGUUAGAAGGUCUGGAGGUGGACCAGUACAUGCUGGGGAUCCUUGUCUACAUCCAGAAUUCGGACUACGAAGAGAUCACCAUUGACCCGGUGUGCGGGUGGAGGCCGGUGCCCGUCAAACCAGACCUCCACAUAAAGGAGGAGCCCGACGGCCCGGUGUUGAAGCGCUGCAGGACGGUCAGCCCGAGUCACAUGGUCCUGCCAAACGUGAUGGAGAUGAUCGCCGCUCUGGGCCCGGCGUCGUCUCCGUAUCAGAGUCUGAAUGCAGGAGGAAGGAACACGCCGGACUACAACAGACCAGGGAGUCAAGGAUUCUCCAGCCAAUCAGGAUUCACAGACUUCCCCAACACUCCCGGCACCCCGACUCUGGGCGAGUAUGCCCCCUCUGGACCUCCUCCGCCCCCGCUGCCCUAUCAGUCUGAGCAGUCGUCUCACUCCGGACGAAUUGAACACCCCCAUAACAUCCUCCAGCAGCACAGCUCAGGUGUUCAUGGGAAUCAGAGUCUCGGUGACGCCAGCAGCCCGCUGCCUCAGAGAAACAACAACUCCCAGAGUUCCCGGCUGCAGAGCGAAGGCACCUUUGGUCUGGGAGGUCCCGGGACAGCAGGAGGAGAGGGAGCUGAUCAUGCACUAGAUCUUCUCCCCGAGCUGACCAACCCAGACGAGCUGCUGUCGUACCUCGGCCCCCCCGACCUCCCCAACAACAGCAGCGACGACCUGCUGUCUCUGUUCGAGAACAACUGACCGCCGUCAUACGCUACUCUGCUCAUCUUCCAGUCCAACCUCUCUGCUCCCGUCUGCUGUAGCCCCGCCGCCAUCGGUCACAAACGGCUCCGUCUGUGUGAGUGUGGUUGAAGCGUGUGAGAGAGCGUACGCUGGGUUCCUGUGCGUUUCCGUCUCCCUGCUGUUCUUGGACGUCGUUUCGGUGCAGAUUCCAGGAGCAGGAGGGAAAAUGUGAACACUGUUGACGACGAAGACGAGAAGACAGCACUGACUCUGCAGACCAGCAUCUUUAACUAUAGCACAAGCACAGGCUGAAGGAUCUGAACAUACAGGACUUAAUUUAUACGUUUAUUCAUUAAUGAAGGAGGUCAAACGUGGGGGUGGGGGUGGGGGGGGUGUUAAUGAGGAGUUACAGUCACGUUAAUGCAGGGGUUCCCAAACUUUAUUUUAAUCAAUACAGAAUUUCCAUCAGCAAGGUUUAAAUCUUUAAAGAAGCAUUUAUUUAUUUUUUAACCAAAUGAAGGAUUCACAUUAGUUUAUUCUUAUCUUCCCCACUCAAUCUCUUAUUUUACCUUUUUGAUUUUAUUGACUCAUUUUAAGUGUUUCUCUACUCAGCAUUGGCAUUAAAUGUCUUCUAACUAUGGAUGCCAGUGGAAACUAGGUAACUUGUGCAAAACACAACACAUAAGUCAUUGAAAAAGCACAACAGUGCAUUCUGGUUAGAAAACACUCUGAUGAAAUGUACUCAAACAUAAUGGUAAAGCCAGAAUAAAAUGUACAAUAGAUAUGGUUUCUAAGGAGUGGUCAUAGCUUUCACUUAAAGUCAGAGGCUCAUGACAACGCCACCUAGUGGGCAAGAAAGGCUUCUAUCUGCUGGUUAAAACACAGAGGAGAUGGCAGUCUAAGUCGCCAGCUACAUAUCUUAAACAGUGUUUUAUUUACCCUAACAUUGACUAGCAGCUGACAGUGAUCCUCAGAAUACCGUCCGCUAACAUUAGCUAUCUAAAGGUAGCUUAUUAGCACUCACCUGUGCUUUAAAGGGAAGAUUUUUUGCCCUUCACUUCCCAAACAGCAGCAUUGUUGACCCAGACAACAAUGGCGGCUCUGUAAGGAAAAGGAUUCUCCUCUACUGUUCUGGUGGGUAAACAUCACUAAAGUGACGCUCUGGUGAGAACUUUUCUGAUUUUUCGGAUUUAAAUUGACUCCCCGUGCUGCAUAUGGGUCCAAUGAGACCAAAACGUACAGUUCAAAUUUCUAUUUCAGUUUUUCUGCAGCUUAUCUGGGAUGUAAACGUGUUGUUUUGAGGAGGUGGAGCAUAAAAUGCUGGUGCUGCAGCUCGACGUAGUGGUCAACGGUAGCUGCCACCUCCCAGGAACUUUUGCGAUUCAGGCAUGACUGCUAUGAAUGAACUAAUUUCAUAUCGGCAGGUUUUGGUAGAUGCAAGAAAGUAAUUUGAAAGCAAAAUCGUGAGGAACACCAUUAUGACCUCCUGUCAGCAAGAAAUCAGAUUUAUUUCUAACACUGAUAUCUGCAUGUAAGAUUGAGUGUCACAAAAAGCCAAUCAGCCUUUAGAUUUACUUGUAGCACAUGGGAAGGGAUCGGUUCAACCAACUUAGUUCAAUAAAGAAAGUUUAAGAGAUGCUUUUUUUCUCCUCUUGACGACAGACACACAGAACAGUUUUUAUAAAUCUGCUUUAUGAUGAAAUUAAUGCAGUUUUAGGAUCUGUUCAUAUGAGUAAAUCACAAGAAGCCUAUGUUUAACUCACUAUUUACAUGCUGGUUUGGCAGACCUGUACAGAGAGGCAAAUAUGUUUCACUUUUGAUCUGAACGGAUGGUAACUAUUGAUUGGAUUAGCAAAUUGAUCAUCACUUGAGGAUAGCUGAUGGGUUUUGGGAUUGAUUUCCGUCUAUGUGACCGAAUUCUUCACUUUAGCUCACCAUAUUUUAAUCAGCGUUGGUCUGUCUGUUCUACAGUUCUAGUUCACGUCCUUACUUGACAGUACAGCGGUAUGUGAUGCAGAGCUCAGAUCAGAGCUGCCACAUUGGUUUGAAAAGUCACAGCCGUCUGUGGCCUCAUUGUGUCGUACCUGCUGUAAAGUUUGGAGCAGUCACUCCGCUCAUUCAUCAUCUGCUACUCUGGAAAACUUCUCACAACUUUAUUUAAACCUUCAAACCUUGAUGGAAUCUCACAGUUUGGGGACCGCUGCAUUAAAGACUUGUGAUUUUGUAUUUUCUUACUGUCAAUGAAAACCACAAGAAACAUUAUUUCAGCUUGUUUUAAGACCCUGCUUCAACCAAAAUACUUCCUACUUGAUCUGUAAAUCUACAAAAAAGGUUACAUUUGUCUUCUCUGACACUGAUUUCCUUUCAAAGAGGCCAAGUAUUUUUUAAACGGGCAUGUAUUUGAUCCUUUCCUAGCUAUCAUAGUGUAAGAGAGAUCAGCCUCUUUGGCUAAAAGUUACAUUAGCCAAGAAGUGGCUAAGUGCUAACUUUAGCCCCAUUAGAAGUGCUAACAGGCCUUCAAAGAUGUCCUUUUACUUAAAAUAUGGCCUUAUGUGCUUUUGAAUUUUUACUAAGUUUAACAUCUUAGAUUGUCAAAAGAUAAAACUUUUUAAUGCGAUACAUCUCAGAAUAUCUGUAGUUAAUCUCAAUUAAUUAUGUUGUUUUUAUCGCAUUUAAAUUCCACUAUUUUGCAUUCCAAACCAUUUUUGUAUCAUUUUGGAUUUUUAUAGUUAAACUGAGGGUAACUGACUUCCUCUUUGGACAAAGACCAGCUUUUAAAGGUAGAGCCAAGACUUUAACACGGAUUGAACCAUGGGAAAAUUAACUUUCUAUGGAUUGAAAAGAAAAUAAGGUACAUUUUCUUAAAGCACAAAGUGUAGAUGACUUCUGAUGUGUCCACUGAGCUGUCUGUGAGCUUUUAAAUAGAAAUGAGACAUAAAGGAGCAGUGGUGGACUUUACAUCAGGAAAACUCUGAAGUGGCUUAACCAAAGUGUGUUUAGAGGGGCAUUAAAGCGUGUGAUUUAUCACAGUUAAAAAAUAAAUUGACCUUAAUUAAUCUCUAUUAAAGACCCUGUAAAGUGGAAACCAAACUUGUGUCUUAACACACUAGAUAUCUUUAAAUAAGGUUGAUGUGAACACAUGAAAACACUGAGAUCUAUGUAUGAAAGUGUUACACCUUUUUCCUGGCUUGGUUUUAUUUGGGCGGGGCCAAUAGAUGAGCCAAUGACAUCGCUGGUCUUGAUAAAUUACCCCACCCCCUUAACGUUACAGCGAUAUAAAAUCAGCAAGCAAUUCAUCUCUGUUUUUGUUCAUUGUGAGGUAAAUUUCCAAAAUCUAUUAGUCACAGUGGCCAACCGGUCAUUAAAAGUAUCAUUUCUUUUCUAUUUGUUCUAGUCAUAGUAAAUUUUACCAUUUUUUUUACAAAGGAAUAUGCAACUUCAUUACAUUCCAUGACCAGGAAGGAGCAGAAUAUUUGUGAAUAUUUAUUAUUCUUAAAUAAUAAGUAAUUAUAAUGAAGUGUUUUGUGCCAGAAAACAGUAAACUUAAUCCCCAACUCCUGUCUGUUUGCUCUGGCACAGAGCCAGGCAGCUGCGUUCUGACCCAUGAGUGGGCGUGGCUUCAGCUCAUUCAACAGACACGCCCACAUCUUCCUGGAGACUUUACUUUACUGCCAUUUUUCAUGAUUUUCAAGCUUAAUUUGAUAAACUUAGAGAUGUUUUUCACAACUGAAAUCUGGCCUGGUGGUUUAUAACACAGUGAACUGCCAUACAACAAACCUAAAUUCAGAUUUUUUUUAUCACUUUACAGGGACUUUAAUGUAAAUAAUCUUUACAGCACUAAUUACAUCCUAUCAUUUGGUUAAUGAGAAUGGGACUGCAUGAUAAUACUUGGUUCAGCUACCUUCAUUUUUAUUGUUUGCACUGUAGAACAAAGUAGGAAAUCAUUGGUUAUCUAAAUGAUUGGUUUUGAUCUUUUAUGGGAUUUGUUGGCAGUAAGAAAAUAUUGAAUAUCUCCAAGGUUCUUUUCGAAACAAUGUUGUAAGAUAAGGGCAGUUAAAGUGGUCACAUUUGUUUCUUUGCACUGAUUAAAAAGUUAAAGAUUCAAAUAUGACCUUAAAAAAAUAAAAGCUCAGCCUGUGAAUGCGAUGCCCGGAUGUAAUAUAGACCUUUUUUUGUUUUUCUACAUGAAGUUUGGAGAGCGCGGAGGUUCAUUGUAUCUCUGACGUCCUUCAGCACUGUGAUGGAUAUAAAAACCCCUCUCUGUAAUUCUCACCCUCUUUGGGGGGAUUUUUCAGCAUACUGUAAAUGAGUACAGAUCUGUGUGUCGUGGCAUUUUCUGCCAUUUGAAAGUUUUGUUUUUUUUUCUCGAUUGUUUGACAUGUAUAACCCAUCAUGACGCGGGUUUAUGUACUGUAUAAUCAGCUGUUUUCAUUAGAGAACGUGUGUGUAUCAAAUGAAUCGUUAACCAUGGUAAUUUUAAUGUUAUUAGUUUAUAAUGGAUCAUUGUUGGCACUGUAUACAUACUGUUAUGUUAAAAAUCUAUAAAGCAAUUGUACAACAGAAAACAGUCAGCUGACAUUGACUAACACGGUUAAAGAUGCAGAAAUUAUUCUUAAUACCACUUUUUGAAGCUGGACAUGUUUUCUAUGAAGAAUUUUCCGACUUGUCCUCCAGAAAAGGCAACAAGAUAUUAAAAAAAAAAAAAAGCAGAUUGAGCAACACAGUAAUGUUAUAUUUGGAAAUUAUGGACUAUUUAAGUGCAAAAUUUGCUAGAAAAUGUGUUGUUUUUUUAAUAUGUAAACUAUUCCACAUAUUUUGUAACGCAUUGUAAUUGCCAUUAUUUUCUAUUUAUUUUUUAGUCAUAAUCGUCAUUGUACCCACAGUUACCUUGUCCCAGCCCUGGAUCUUAAAAUCAGAAUUAAAAAUCCACUUUAUUUGACAGAAA